AAAAGAUUUAAUUUGCAUUAAUGGUUCGACUUGAGAAGCUGAUUUAUGAAUAAUUAGUGAAUAUUCGUGCAUUAAAAAGAGAGAGAAUAAUAGGAUCACCUAGAAAAUGGUAUUCUGAGCCAAGGACUCCAGCAAUGACAUUGUCAGCAGUGAAAUUGUUUACAUAGGGAUUGAGUGGAUAAAUAUAUAAAUUAGUUGAGCCUUUAUUUGCUAGGUAAAUAAAUGAAGAAUAUAAUAAAAUAGAUUCUUUUACAGAUGGAUGAGAAAUAUUGGAUUAGAGAGAGGAUUAGCAAUGGAAGAUUUAUUAUUAUUUUAAGAUAGAGAAUUAAGAAGAGAUCCUUUAUUUGAACAUAUAUAAAGAGAAGGAUUCCAUCCAUAUACAUGGAUUAUGUUUAAUAAAAGAAGAGCUAGAUUUUCAAAAGUUGAAAGAGGUGUAAGAGGAUCUACUGCACCUGAAUGGUUAUAAACAGAAGCAAGAGAACGUACAUUAGCUGAUAGUGUUGAAAAUAUUUAUGAAUGGGAUAAUUAUGUUUAUUAAAAUUACAUGAGUGAUAUGACACCUACAGCAAGAGGAACUAUUUUAUAAAAAGUAUUACCAUUAGAAUGGUUCUUAUUUUUUGGAUUUUUAAGAGUUGAUUCUUGGGAUAGAUAUUUUUAUAAUGAAGUUAUUUAUAAAGGAUUAGAAUAUUCAAAACAAGAGUUAGCUAAUAUUCCUAAACCAUUUAAAGCUUAAUUAUGUAUUAAUAUUAUAUUUAUCAAAAAUAUUAGCAACUGAUGAAGGUAGAAGACAAUUCGAAGUUAAUGUUAAUACAUUUAUUCAACGCUAUCCAGGUGCUAUUGUUAAAGAAGGGUAAUAUUUAUAUAUAUAUAUAUAUUAUAGAGAUAAAUUUGAUUUCUAAAGAUUUUAUGCACUUGAAGCUAUUAAUAAUAAUAGAGAUCUUAGUAAAUUUGAUUCUUCUUUGAUUUCUUAACUCAAAUCAGAACUCACUUAAUAGGUUUCAUUAAAAACAAACACUAAAGUUAAGAAACAAAGAGCCACAUUCCCAAGUUGGUUAUAGUAAGAUGGAAAAGGAUUCUUAGCAUGAUCAAUUUGAAUAUAUUAUGUCAAAUAUAUA